AUGACAUUAAGUGGGGAAAAUAUUGUGUCUUUUGCCAUUUAUUUCUCUGCUUUUUUUGGAACUGUGGCAAACCUGAUCCUACUCUUGGCCUUUAUCAGCAAUGCCAUCAAGAAGAAGGUUUUCCAGCCUCUGGACAGGAUCAUUGUUAACAUGGCAUUGGUCAAUCUCUUGCUUUGCUUUUACAAGGAGAUCCCUGGGCUUAUGGUGUUUUUGCACACUAAAGUGUUUGGACAAGUGGGAUGCAGGAUUCUGCUUUAUGUGCACCACACGCUCAGGUUGGUCAGCCUUUGGUCAGUGGCCAACCUAAGCUUUCUUCAUCUCAUCAAGAUAAGGAGACCAUACCAUCGCUGGUUCCAAUUCAUUCACAGACAUCAAAGGAAGUAUGUAAACUGGUCCCUGGCUGGCUGUUGGGUUGUUAGUAUCACAUUUCAUACACCAUAUUUUCUAUACAGUGAUACAGGGCAUGUGCACAAUCAGAGCAACACCCUUCUCACAAGCACCAACUGUUUAUGUCCAUCAGAGAGCUCCCUGAUGAAACUUCUCACCUACAUCACCGUUAGCAUGGACUUUCUGCUGAUAAUCCUGGUGAUACUAUUAAAUGGCUUUAUCAUAGAUUUGCUUUGUAGACACAGGCGACAAGUAAGGGACACAAUGACGGUCAGACGCGGAUGGGACAAACGUGCUGCGAGGGCAACAAGGAUGCUCCUGUCUCUGCUCUUAAUCUAUGUCAUCUGCUGGUUCUCCAACGGCUUAGUCUGGAUUGCAGUGGUUUCUGGAGUAUUACAGAGCUAUCAAAAUAACAUUCUCAUUGCAAUGCAUGGGACUUUGUCCUCUAUCUACUACUCCUUCACUUCCGGAAUCAUGGUUUUUGGCUACAGGCAAGUGAGGGACUACUUAUCUGAGGCAACUUGCUGCUCCUGCCAGAGGAGGGCGCCACCGGUUAUACAAAGAGAACAACAGAGGCAGUGA